CCGUGAAUGCUCUACGAGGCGCGCUCCUAGUUUCCCGCGGGCCGGCUAGCGGGCCGGCUAACCGGGCCGGCUAACCGGGCGAAGCCUCGGGACCCCUCGCCGCCGCCGGGGGCAGGGGCAGGCGGUGCCGGACGCGGACGGUCACGGGCCGGGGGGAGGGGCGGCGGAGACCCAGUUCUCGCGACGUUUGGCGCCGGGCGGGAGGCGCCGGUGGCUUCGCGGCGGGUGCGAGAUGCGCUCAGAGAAGGAGGGGGUCGGAGGCCCUGGCGCGGCAGUUCCUGGGCGGGGCCCGGGCGGGAGGGAGAAGCGGUCCGCUGUGGAAGUCCAGUUCCGCCGGGAGUCGCCGUGGCGAGGAGGAGAGGCACGCCCAGGCUUGUCCUUCGGCGGUGGGGUCGGUACGGGCAAACCUCGCGAGGAGAAGACGGUUCUGAGCAAGGUGGUCAUCCGGCGGCUUCCUCCCAGCCUCACCAAGGAGCAGCUGGAAGAGCAGCUGCACCCACUGCCCGCGCACGAUUACUUCGAGCUCUUCGCCGCCGACUGCAGUCUUUAUCCUCAUCUCUACUCAAGAGCAUACAUUAAUUUUAGAAAUCCUGAGGACAUCCUUCUUUUUAGAGAUCGUUUUGAUGGCUAUAUCUUCAUUGACAGCAAAGGCCUAGAAUAUCCUGCAGUGGUAGAAUUUGCCCCAUUCCAGAAGAUAGCCAAAAAGAAGCUAAAGAAAAAAGAUGCCAAAACUGGAAGCAUUGAAGACGAUCCAGAAUAUAAGAAGUUUUUGGAAACUUACUGUGUGGAGGAAGAGAAACCUAAUGCAAAUCCUGAAACUCUUCUGGGAGACAUAGAGGCAAAGACAAGAGAACUUAUUGCUAGAAGAACUACACCUCUUUUGGAAUAUAUUAGAAAUAGAAAAUUAGAGAAGCAGAGGAUUCGAGAAGAGAAGCGAGAAGAGCGAAGGAGGAGGGAACUGGAGAAGAAGCGUUUACGGGAAGAAGAAAAGAGGAAGAAGAGAGAAGAGGAGAGUUGUAAGAGGAAAGAGGCAGACAGAGAGAAGAGAGCUGCUGAGAGACAAGUAAGGAUUAAGCUUCUUAAGAAACCAGAAAAGGGGGAGGAACCAACUGAGAAGCCAAAGGAAAGAGGAGAGGAAGUGGAUGUAGGAGAUGGGAAGCAGGAGAUGAGUCUUAGCUAUGCUGUCCUGAAGCCCAUGCCCUUGGAGAGCUCGCUGGAGAAGCCCAGGAAAAAGUCACAGAAUGAUAGUGACAUGGAGCAAAGAGAGAUGGAGAGAAGACUUCGAGCAAAGGAGCCUGCGACACAAAGAUGCCACAUGGAUGGCAGCAUGCACAGAGUGCACUGUGAGUUUAACAGGUUUGCAAGGAGAAACGAAGAAGAGCCGAGAUGGGGGAAAGGAGUCCCCCCAGUCCGAGGGAAGAAGGGGAACCAGGACAGUAGCAUCCCUGUGGAGGCAGCAGAGUGGCCUGGGAGAGAACACAAGAGUGAAGGUGGCCUAGCACCCAGCAUGGAGCACCCAGGAAACAAGGAUUUGCUGGCCUUGCAGCUGUACCAACCAGAAGCUCACAUCCGAGCACAAGAAAGUGGUGGGGGAAUCUCUGUUGAGGGCCGUGAUGGGAGCAGGGGCGAGGCUGAAGAUUUGGCACUGGCUGGUUCCCAGAAGAGUGAAGAGGCAGGGUUUCAACAGCUGCCCAGUGUCAUCCAAAUCAAAAAAAGAGAAGAUCUGUAGGACUGUGUUGUCAGGCAUGUGAACUAACAAAUCAAAUUUUCCCCGACACAGAUUCAAAGAAGAAUCCUCCUUGAGGAAUAGGAGGAUUCUUUCCCAAGCACUUUCCACACCUGACCUAAAUAUCAGCGAGAGAACAAGACAGCCAUGGGCAGAGACAGGACAGGUUAUGACAGGCCAACUCAAUCCCACCCACUGUCUAAAGAAGUCACUUGAUUUUAAAAGUACUGUGCUUCUUCACAAAGGGAAUAAAGCCUUAUUCCCACUGAAAAGAUGGUCCUCAUUAAGAAAUAACAACUGCUUCAGUGAAAUGAUGGAAUCUCACCAUUAGGACGUUCCUCACAUUUCGUCUGACAACAGCUCUUUGAAGAGGCAAUUUCGUCACUCUAGGAUGUCCAUUCAUUUACUCAUUCAUCACAUUUGCAGUGAACGCCUCUGUGGGAGGCGGCACUUUUGUAGGCAUCAAGCCUGCAGCAGUGAGCAAAGACCAGCCUCUGACUUUUUGGGGCUCAUAGCCUUCACAAAAGGAGGAGAAAUACCUAAAAGGGAGGGUCUUCGUCACAUCCUCUUGAGUCAUAAAUGGCAGAACUGAGUCCUCUAGAUCAGGAAUCCUUAACCUGAAAUCCACAUUGCAUGCUGUUUUGACGCUGCUGUUCUUGUGGCCAUCCACGGGCUCCCUAAUUAACCUCACCAUAUUAUGAAUAAGAAGAUCAAACAUUUUUUUUCGUCUGGUCUGGUCUAUAUUAAGCUUUUGUCAGACCCUCAAAGGAACAACUUUAAAAAGUUAAAAGUCUCCUACAUUAGACUGUCUGUAAUCCAGUGCUAAAUGGUUUCCACAGGCCUCUUGCCAUAAACAUAACAUGGAGCAACUGAGCAUUCUAAGCAAAAACUGUCACCUAAAGUCACAGACACUUCACUGCCAAGUAGGCUUAUGAUCCCUCUUGCCUGCUUUCUUCUGACCAGAGCCCCUAGCAGCCUGCCCCUGUCUGAUCAGUGCUGUCCCCAGAUGCAACCAAUCUGCUCUGGACCUGUGUGGGGCAGCUGUCCCUGGUCGGGUGGUGGGUUCAUGGCCUCUGUGAGUGCAGGGAGCUCAUCUCCUGUGGACUCCUGGGUGAGAGGGGGUAUCCUUGUUUAAGCUGUUUGAGUGACUGUGUCCAUUACUUGCAGUCAAAUCUGAUCCUGACAGGUUUUGUUUUGUUUUAAUGUAUAUGAAAGCUUUCACCCUGAGGAAAUCCACUGCCUGCAAAACAGUGCGCGGUACCCCACCCCCAGCAGCUCCUGGGGGACUUACUUGAAAUAAGCAUUCCCAAGUGCUGCCUAAGAACUUCUGAUAAUUUUGGGCCCAGCUCUCAUCCUCCAUGUGGUUCUGAAGCCUCCAGAGACCCUCUUCAUCCCACCAUGCUUUCUGUAAGAACCAGAGGCCACACCAGUGCACAGCCAUGACCUCCAUUUACAAAUGGAUGCAAAGAAACAACCCAAAGGCCUGAGGUUGUAAUGUGAUAAAGCUAUGGUUCCUCUA